AAUUAGUACUAUUACAUGGCGUGUGAGCCCCACACGGAUACGUACAUACACACAUUCCGUAUUACAGAAAUAUACUAUACCCCACGGAUACGUACACAAAAACACAGGAUUAUGUGCAUAUGUGGAGUAUAUAUAUAGAGCAGCGGAGCAAGAUUUUAAUGGUGAAUUGCCGUACGAGAAUAGUAUCAUAUUAAUUCUCAAGAGAAUCUCACAUCACAUCCAAAAAAAUCGAAAGAGAAAUCCUGAAUGGGAGUGGUGGCCGAGGCGACGCUGAUAUUCACCUACGGCACUCUGAAGCAGGGCUUCUCCAACCACGCUCUCCUCCAGGACCUCAUCUCCACCGGCGACGCCGCAUUUGUCCGCGCCGCCCGCACCCUGCACCCCCUCCCCCUCGUCUGCGGGCCCUACCGCGUCCCCUUCCUCCUCAACCUUCCCGGCCUCGGCCACCGCGUCUCCGGCGAGAUCUACGCCGUCUCCCCCGCCGCCGUCGCCAGGAUGGACGACCUCGAGGGGAUCGGCCGGGGCCACUACGAGCGCCUGCCGAUCCAGAUCGAGACAGAGGCGGAGACGGUGGAGGCGUACUACGCCCACGGGAGCUACGCGGAGGCGAUGUGGCGGAGGAGCGGAGGAGAGGCGUAUAAUUGCUACACGGAAAAAGCGGCCAAGGGAUACGUGAGGCGCAUGGAUCGGCCUCAGCAUCUUACUUUUCUGGACCAAAUUGCCCUCUUUCUUUCCUCUUCCGCUAGCUGACUCCGACUUGCUUCCAACUCUCUGUUUCUUUUCAUUCUUUAAUAGUACUCUAUGUAUGGAGAGUACUCCUAAUAAUUAUGUAAAGAAACAGAAAUCAAUGAUCUGCUAUUCUACCCAAAUGCAAAAUGUCAAAUACACCUCAAAUAUGCCAUCAAUAUGAUUUCGGAGUUCCGAUGGUGAAAUUUGUGGAAUCUAUUAGACUGAGAUAUACUCAUAUUCUGAGUUGGAAAAGUGGGACUCGUGUUUUAAGUUAAAAACGUAAUUCCUACAUAAACUUUCUAAUUAUAUCGAUAACUUCAAUAUUGCUACAGGAACUUUUCUUUGAACUUUUUUUUAGUUCUAACAUACUUUAGUCCUUAAGGAACAUUCUAAUUUAAUUA